CGGGAUAUGAAGUUUUUGAAUAUGAACAGUCUAAACACGCUACCUAGCGAAACGUACUGAACUUAAUUUGCCAAAAAAGGUUAUUUUCUUUGAAAUAUAAGUUGCUACGACUUUCGGUGCUCGCCAUUCUAAAAUGUGAAAGAUGUCGUUCUUCUGCCGUUGAAUUACUGAAUUUUGUUAUUAUGAUAUUCACGUUGAAAUAGGUGAUCAGAAGCAUGCUAACUAGCUGAGGCUACAAUUCUACAAUUUACUAAUAUAACUUUAGCACCAUGUUAACUGAAUUAUUGCAAAGUACUGAUGCUGGAGGGUUUCUUAUAAUACAAGAUUCUGCUCGUUAUUCUGGUCGACACCUCCUCAAGAGCUUCAUCAGUGCUGCAUUGCACAGGGAGGAGACUGUUCAUGUCCUUGGCUUUGAGGUCAGUGAAGAAGAGCUGAAAGAUGGACUGAAAGGAUCACCCAUUCAGAGACUACACUUUCACAAUGCUUAUACAGACCCGCUUGGUUGGACUGAUAACCCAGUAUUCACAGUUCACCAGUUCCAUCUGGAGGAACUUACACAUCUAGUGAAGCAAACAUCCCAUUCCAAACCAGCUACCUUUGUGAUUGACUCUCUUUCAUGGAUUCUGAGACACCUCAGUCCUCCUGCUGUCUGCAAGAUCCUACAACAAUUCAGAAAAGGGGGAGCUGUGAGAGCUAUUAUCGGUCUGCUCCAUGCAGAUAUGCAUCAGAGGGGUACUGCAGGAAGUGUAUGCCACCUGGCUACCUCUGUCGUCACUGUAGCACCUGGGAUGAAGGGAGAUGAAGCAGUGGCAAAGAUAACAAAGCGCUCAAAAUCGGGGAAAGUUGUGCAAGAUGAGGAGAUUUUCAGCAUCAAAGAGGAUCUUACAGUCACGGUACAGAGCAGGCAGAGGCAGCUUGGACCCAAACAGACUGAACCUGAGGAACAGGAGAUGGACCCAACAGCCAACUUGACUUUCAACCUCCGACUAUCUGAUACAGAGAGGGAGGCCAAGGAGAAGCUUGCUCUUCCCUUUGUCUUCAGCAAGGAGAAGAAAACAGCUCUGCUCCACUCAGGGCCAGGUUCAGGACGAAUUCUAUAUGAGCCCGACGCCAAUGACGACUAUGACCAGGAGGACCCUGACGAUGAUCUUGAUGUGUAGGGUUAGGACAUAAAAUCCACUGAAGGCAUGGAAGAUACAUGUUUUGUAUCCUUCUUGCCAUUGAAGACUCUGAGUUGUUUUCAGUAGUGAAGAUUUAAAGUUUUUAUCACCAAGAUUUUUAUCUCAUGGAAAUUUGAAGAUAUAAAAUAAUGUACAGUGUUUUUGUAAAAAAAACUGUUAUGUUUAUUAAAUGAUUUUAUGCAAA